CGGUCGGUGCUCGGGGUGGCGGCUCGGCGGCGGCGGCGGCGGCUCGGCGGGAGCGAGGGCGGGAGCGGCCGAGACCAUGGCUGGAGGCAAAGCCGGAAAGGACAGUGGGAAGGCCAAGGCUAAGGCAGUGUCUCGCUCCCAGAGAGCCGGUCUGCAGUUUCCCGUGGGCCGCAUCCACAGACAUUUGAAGACUCGCACUACGAGCCACGGAAGGGUCGGUGCCACGGCUGCUGUCUACAGUGCUGCGAUCCUGGAGUACCUCACUGCGGAGGUGCUGGAGCUGGCGGGCAACGCUUCCAAGGACCUCAAGGUAAAGCGGAUCACUCCGCGCCACUUGCAGCUUGCAAUCCGUGGUGAUGAAGAGUUGGAUUCUCUUAUCAAGGCGACCAUCGCUGGGGGUGGUGUGAUCCCGCACAUCCACAAGUCUCUGAUUGGAAAGAAGGGACAGCAGAAAACCGCUUAGAGCAUCGUUUUAACCAACCCCUUUCCUCCCCGUCAUUGUACUGUAACUGGGACAGAAGAAAUAAUGGGGAUAUGUGGAAUUUUUAAAAGAGGCGGAUGGAAAAGCAUAGACAAUUACCGUAGACGCGCUAAGAGACAUUUGUACGUUCUUAGGCUCAAAGUUUGAUAAAGUACCUUUCCAUGUGGCGGCACUCGUGUGUUGAUUGCUAGGGUCCUCCCGUGUGUUUUAUACAAAAAUGGAAUUGAUAAACCAGUUUUUACAAAAAUUUGUCUCAAAACUGUUCUGUUCAUGAUGUGUUGGAACUGUUUUGCUCCUACUUUGAAAUUUUUAAAAUUUCAAAUCGGUUAUCCUAUGUUCGUAAUAAUUUUUAAACAGAAGUUGGGAAUAUGGAUUUCCCAGGAUUGAUGCCAUAUCCUUAUAUCGAAUCUUAGGUGCUCUCCAUUUGCAGUACACACCAUUAUUUUACACACAAUGAAGGAAGGAAAAGCUGCCAGUUAAACCCUGGUAUGCCGGCAGUUAGGAGAGGCAUCCUGAUUCCCAGAGGGACUCGAGGACGAAAACGUACAUUCAGAAUUGAUGAAAUAGGAUAGUGGAAUUGUUCUGAUUUAUUUACUGCGCACUUACUAUGUGGCAGGCGCUGAACUAAGUGCUUUAGUGAUCAAGAAAUUCUGUUACACCCACUUUUAAAGAUCUGGAAACCGAGGCUCACAGAAGUUACCAUUAGCCAGAAGACAUUUAUCUUGUAGACAGAAAACGGCUGAACUGGAAUACAAGCCUCGAUUUGGCUGACUCCAGAGCCCACACUCUUACCUGGAAUUAAAGUUAAAAUUUGUCAGAGUUCUCUGUUUUUACUUAAACUUCCAGCUUUUAGUGGUCUUUCAUGGAUAAAGUAUAACAUUCAGCAAUUUGUGCCAUAUUUUUAGAAAAUAUCUUACUUUGUCAGUUUCUAGGUAACUUGGAAGAUUUAAUUAAUGUGCCAAUUAAUGGUCCAUCAGAAAGUUCCAUUUUUCUGCUGGGAAGUCUUCAUUCAAAAAGAAAAUUUUUAAAUGUUUGCUAAUGUAGCGCUAUCAAAACAAAACUCGUUUUAAAAAGCUUAUUUUAUUAUGGAAAUUUUCAAAAAUACCGAAAAAUAAAAGAGAAUAGUAUAAUGAACCCCGGUGUACUCCUCCUCCAACUCCUAGCUGCUGUCCUGUGGUCAGCUCUGUUUUACCUGUAUGCCCCCCGGAUUCCUCCUCCCACUGGGUUGGUUUGACUCCCGUUUUUGUGUCUGCGUAC